AAGUACCUGAGGGAGUGUCACAGCUACAUGGAUUUCACAAAAAACCAAACCGCGAUCCGAACUUUACACUACCCGCCUGCAGGACAGAAUCGCGUGUUUCAAUCAGGUCAACUACGUUGUGGAGAACACGCAGACUACGGGAGCCUCACACUGUUGUUCCAAGACUCCCCGGGACUUGAGAUUAUGACCGAAGCUGGCAAAUGGAUCCCUGUUUCCCCCGUGGCCGGAACUGUAGUAAUCAACAUUGGUGACAUGCUCCAGAGAUGGAGCUCAGACAGAUUGCCAUCGACCAGACAUCGAGUCACAUUCGGUGGGAAAGAGGAAAAAAGCGUCCCUCGGCAGUCCUUAGCGUUAUUCAUGAACCCGGAUACGGACACAGUGAUUCGGUGUUUAGAUGGAUCUGACAAGUAUCAGCCAGUCACCAUGAAAGAAUACUUGGCCAUGAAGCAUAAGGCUGCAUACUGUUCAGACUGAAAUACCAUUUCUGCAUUUAGCUAACACACACACUACUACAAUGCUGUAAGACAGCAGUAA